AUGGCUGAAUUUGACCAGCAGCUCGAUAAUGUGGUCGCUUUAGACCAACAAGCAGAGAAUGAGAGUAAUAAGCAAUCAGGCAACUCUUCUGACUCAUCUCGUUCCAUCCCGACUGUCAACUCGCAAACUCAACUCAAUCAAGCAUAUGACGCCAAUGUCAUUCCUGUCCAAGCUAUAGUUACAAAACGCUCAAUGAAAUGCUCGUUCACCGUCGGGGAAGCCAUCACAUUCGUUGCUUGGAUCAUCGUCAUUGGAUUUUGUAUUUGGUAUGUCACAAAAUCGGUAGGACAAUUUCAAGACGCUCAGGUCUCACCAUCAACAUCGUUGGCCUUAAUAGAAACGGUUCCUCUCGCCUAUCCUGCCGUGACUAUUUGUAAUUGGAACGCCAUGUACGAUUGUGCGUAUUGCAAUCUUACCUUAUUAUAUGCAACCAUAGUUGUGAAUGGGAGUGUUAUUGACGUGGACUUGCCUUACGAGUACAGGCACAUUGAGCAAGAGGGACAAUAUUUCAGCUGUUAUGUCUUCAAUAACAAUUCAGAUAAUCCGUUAUCGGCUCAAGCAACAGGAUAUGGAGGAACCAUUUCUUUGGCUUUCAAUGUUCCUCCAGUACCACAAGAUCGAGAUGCAAGAUUUGGAUUGCAAGUGAGUUUCCAUGAAAUAGGAACGACACCAAAUGUCUUUGCAGAAACUAAUUUUGCAGUGCGAGAGGUAGACAAUUAUUUUGUUCUGACAAAAUAUUCAACCAUUCAUUUAAAGCCUUCAGAACAGUUUCCUGAUGGAGUUGAAAUGGUAUGGGCUUCUACCUUGUCAACAGUACGAUUGACAGAUAUUCGAGACAAUGUGGUGGUAAUAUCCUUUGCAUAUAAUACUCUUAAUGAAAAUAAGAUCGCUGAAAUCAUUACAUAUACACUUGAAAGUUUAGCUGGAGAGGUAGCAGGAAUGAUUGGUAUGAUGAUGGGUAUUGAUGCUUUAAAGAUGUUAAGAGGAAUUUUGGAAGUUCCGUAUGCAAUUCAUCAAAAAUCUGCACGUGGUAUUUGGGAUGUUUUCAAUUGA